AUGUAUUUCCCCGAUUGGAUGGAUAGACCGGAAUGUAGCGAAGUAUUGACUGAAUAUAAUAAGUGGGCUAUUGAUCAGAAUAUUCUGACAUUCUUGGAAUUGGGGGAAAUGGAGCCUAAAACAUAUAACACUAAAGGUUUGGGUGAUUUAGCUGCCUCCCCCAAAACAAAUGCAAAACCAAAAGUUAUUGUCAAUAAUAUAUCCGCCAAAUGGAGUGAAGGCAAUCCUAAUGCAAUCAUUCAAAACAUUUCAUUCAAUAUAAAACCUGGGGAUCUAUUAGCGGUGAUUGGACCGGUAGGUUCGGGAAAGAGUUCACUAAUCAUGUCUAUACUUAAUGAGCUACCGGUGCUCGAGGGAAGUAUACAAACGGUGGGCAUCAUUAGCUAUGCCUCUCAGGAGGCCUGGAGUUUCAAUAAUAGUGUCAGAAAUAACAUACUGUUUGGCAGUGAAUACGAUGAGCACCGGUAUAGACGGGUAGUCGACGGAUCUCCAGAUAUCCCCUUCGGAGACAAGACAUUAGUCGGAGAGAAAGGGGUCUCACUAUCGGGUGGACAGAAGGCUAGGAUCACUUUGGCCCGAGCUUUGUAUCGCAACUCAGAUAUCGUACUAAUGGACGACCCGUUGAGUGCUGUCGACACCUCUGUUGUGAACAUAUAUUUCAUAAGUAAUGCCAUUAAUAGUCAUAUGUUAUUAGACACACCUACCAGUCCUCUAACCUGCCUUUCCAUCAGAUGUAUAGUCGAGUACUUGUCGGACAAAAUCCGAAUUCUAGUCACACAUGAAAUCCAAUUCAUACGAAAAUCCACACAAAUACUGGUCUUAAGCUCAGAGGGCCGGUGCCUGGGGUUGGGCUCAUACGACGAGCUCCAGUCCCAGGAAAUCUAUUUCAUGGCUAUACUCAAAGAUGUGGAACGGGAGGCCGAACACGACAAACAGACCCCAACCCCUAAUGAGACACUCGUGACGGAGUCGAUCAACGACGGGGUCCGGAAGCACUCCCGGACCACAUCUGUGGCUCAGACCAAGAACUUCGAAGUCUCCGACAUUAUGGGCGAUGAGAAGGACUACUCGCAUGAGUCCAGGAUUCAGGAGGAGAACCGGGAGGUGGGCUCUAUCGGGGGUCACGUCUACUAUGAAUACUUGAAAGCCGGCGCCGGACCCAUACUGUUCACGAUUACCCUGUUCUCGACAUUGAUAUCUCAGGACUGA